AUGCCUGGGUGGUACUCAGAAGAAUGUUUGGUUUGGAAAGAAUCAAUCAGCAAUGGGUCAUGCACUCCAAGACCACUUGCAUCAGUGCAGGAGCAAGCCAAUGAAGCAGAGGUGCCAGUGGCCUCUGGAUGUCAUGAUGGGUCACAGAAGAAGAAAAGCAACAAUGUGUCCCUUGGACUACAAGACUUGACUGAUGAGGAGGACAAUGCAGAAACACAGUCAUCCAUGAUCAUGCAAGAUGACUUCCCACCACAAUUCCAGUUAGGAGCUCAGAUCUGCACCAUGAUCAAAAGGGAGUAUAGGAAAUACACACAACUCAAGAUUGCAGUGAAAAAAGGUUGGCCCAUUAGCAUGAUUGACUUCCAGCAGAUUCCAGGGCAUAUCAUCAAGUGGCAAGACCAGCUAGAUCCAAUUGUUUGUAACAGGAGCCUCCACAAGCAGCAGCAUGUCUGGAAGUGUUUCGAGGCCAACUUGGUUGAAGAUGGGUGGAUGUUGAAAAUACUAGCUCACAUGUGGAACUCAGCACUAUGUUCCAGAUCAGCAAUUCUAGACCACUCAUGUGCUGGAUAUUAUGGCAACAAGGGAGCCACAAUCAUUGAGCACACCCUCAUUGCCCUGUUCCCAGCACCAGCAGAGUUGACUGCAGCAAUAUGGCCUCUACUGCUCACACAAUUCAUGAUAUACUUUAUGGUGCCCUAUGUAGCAACCUUGCUGAUCACAGAUGACUACAGCCCCACAACAGUUGUCAAGGUGCACAAGAUUAUGGUUGCAAGUAGCAAUCCACAAGCUUUCCUCAGAGUUAAAUUACUUGUGGCAGAUGAUGAUUCCAAUCAAGCUGCCAACAAGUUACAUUCAGAGCAGGCAAAGGUCCAGCAGCACACCCCAAAUGCAAGCAUAGGUCAAACUGCCAGACUCAUGACAUCAGAACAUGCUAAGGCAAAUCGCACUACUUGAUCAAAGACUCAGUGAGGCCAAUUGUGACAGAACAUUUGUAACUGGGCUGUGCCUUGUCAAUCCACUCUCAUUUCCUUUUAGCUAACUUAUUUGAACACUUUCAAGACCA